AUCGUGUUCUGUUUUCUUUUGUUCAAACUUGUCUGCCAGAAACCUUGGUGGUGGCUUUUGUAUUGCCGGACCACUCGCUCUCUUGUCUGUCUGCCGAUAUAUAUAUAUAUAUAUAUGUAUAUAAUUCUGUCUAAAUCUUAUAAAAAUAGUGGGGAAUUCAGAUUUUUAUAUUGCAGAUUUAGCCGGAAACCCAGAAGCGAAGAACGAUUCCUCUAUCCCCCCUCUCUCCGUUGAAUUGAAUCUGAACCCUCCAUUGAAAUAUUUCUUUGAGCUCAUCAGGUUCUGUUUUUGCAGAAUUUCCACCGUAGAUCUGAGAAGAGUUUCUUAGGUGCUUGAAGGUCAAAAGUAUGGAGAUAUAGCAGAAGAGUCUUCUAAGAUAAUGCUUUGCAUUCAAAAGUGGAAAUGCCCAAGGUCUCAGAUAGCAACAGUUACUUCUGUUGUGGCAUUGGUAUCGAUUGUAUUGGUUCCAAUUGUUCAUCUGUUCUGGUUUCCGCUGGUCCCUUCUUUUGCUUACUUCAGUCAAGCUCAGAACUCUUGUGUCCCAAUUAAUGGAUCGGCUGAUUCAAUUACGGAUCAUGUAAAAGGAAAUUCAAAAUCACCUAUGGACUUGGAUCGUCAGUUUCCAUCUGACCUACACAAGGCAGUUGUUUUUCGUGGUGCACCAUGGAAGGCUGAGAUUGGCCGGUGGCUUGCUGGUUGUCAUUCAAUUUCUAAUGAAGUUGAUAUUGUUGAGAUUAUAGGUGGUAGUCGGUGCAAAAAUGACUGCAGCGGUCAAGGCGUCUGUAACCACGAAUUGGGAGAAUGUCGGUGCUUUCAUGGAUACAGUGGGGAAGGAUGCUCUGAGAGACAGCAGCUGGAAUGCAACUACCCAGCGACACCAGAUCUACCAUAUGGGAGAUGGGUUGUCUCAAUUUGCUCCGCACAUUGUGACACAACAAAGGCAAUGUGCUUCUGUGGGGAGAGCACUAAAUAUCCAAAUCGACCUAUGGCAGAGUCAUGUGGCUUUCAAGUGAAGUUACCUUCUGAACCUGGUGCACCGAAACUGACUGCUUGGGCAGAAGCCGACCUGGAUAACGUUUUCACAACAAAUAGUAGCAAACCAGGAUGGUGUAAUGUGGACCCUGCUGAAGCGUAUGCUCUUAAGGUGAAAUUCAAAGAGGAAUGUGAUUGUAAAUAUGAUGGUUUCGGGGGACGGUUCUGUGAAGUGCCUACAGUAUGUACUUGUAUUAAUCAAUGCUCUGGUCGUGGGCAUUGCCGUGGUGGAUUUUGUCAGUGUAACAAUGGAUGGUACGGAAUUGAUUGCAGCAUUCCAUCCGUUGCAUCAUCAGUUAGAGAGUGGCCUCAAUGGCUUCGGCCUGCUCAGGUUGAUGUUCCUGAUAGUUCGCAUCUCCCAGGGAAAGUUGACAACCUCAAUGCUGUGGUGAAAAAGAAAAGGCCCCUUAUAUAUGUUUAUGAUUUGCCUCCAGAUUUCAACAGCCUACUUCUUGAGGGGCGUCACUUUAGGUUAGAGUGUGUAAACAGAAUCUAUGAUGACCGAAAUUCAACAUUGUGGACAGAUCAGCUGUAUGGUGCCCAGAUGGCACUUUAUGAAAGUAUCUUAGCUAGUCCGUAUCGUACCUUAAAUGGUGAAGAAGCAGAUUUCUUCUUUGUUCCUGUUCUUGAUUCAUGCAUUAUAACUCGUGCUAACGAUGCUCCUCAUUUGAGUAUUCAGGAACACAAGGGCUUGAGGAGCUCUCUCACUCUGGAAUAUUAUAGGAAGGCUUACGAUCACAUCGUUGAACAGUAUCCCUUCUGGAACCGCUCAUCUGGAAGAGACCAUAUUUGGUUUUUUUCAUGGGAUGAAGGUGCAUGCUAUGCUCCCAAGGAGAUAUGGAGCAGUAUGAUGUUGGUUCACUGGGGAAACACAAACUCGAAGCACAAGCAUUCAACGACGGCUUAUUGGGCGGACAACUGGAAUGAUAUUUCUUCUGAUAAAAGGGGUAACCAUCCCUGCUUUGAUCCUGAUAAAGAUCUCGUACUUCCUGCUUGGAAAAGUCCGGAUGUCAACUCCUUAAGCUCAAAACUUUGGUCCAGAUCCCGAGAGAACCGGAAAACACUGUUCUACUUCAAUGGAAAUCUGGGACCAGCUUACCCAAAUGGAAGGCCAGAAGCUUCCUAUAGCAUGGGUAUCAGACAAAAACUGGCAGAAGAAUUUGGGUCAAGUCCUAACAAGGAAGGGAAACUCGGAAAACAACAUGCAGAAGAUGUGAUUGUUACACCACUAAGAACUGAAAAUUAUCACUUGGAUAUCGCCAGUUCUAUUUUUUGCGGGGUAUUUCCUGGAGAUGGUUGGAGCGGUCGUAUGGAAGACUGUGUUUUGCAAGGGUGCAUUCCCGUUGUCAUUCAGGAUGGGAUUUUCCUGCCAUAUGAAAAUGUGCUCAACUAUGAAAGUUUUGCUGUCCGGAUUCGCGAAGAUGAAAUUCCAAAUUUGAUAAAUAUUCUUCGGGCAUUUAAUGAGACAGAAAUAAAGUUCAGGCUGGCUAAUGUGCAGAAAAUUUGGCAGAGGUUUCUGUAUCGUGAUUCUAUUAUGCUCGAAGCUGAGAGGCAAAAAACAGUUUUUGGUCGUAUGAGAGAGUGGGCAGCUCAAUUCUCGCAGCUAAUUGAAGACGAUGUGCUUGCAACAUUGAUACAGGUUUUGCAUUACAAGUUGCAUAAUGACCCGUGGAGGCAACAUGUUCAUGUCAAAAGGGAGUUCGGGUUACCUCAAGAGUGUUUAUUUGAAAGCAACUGAAGAAACAAGCUUACUACUGUUAAACCAAUUUUUAGAGAUGGUCAUUGCUGCAUCUGAAGAGCUCAUCGGGUAAGAGGAAGCAAGCAUGGCGACAACUUGUCAUUCAAACGAGAAGCUCAUCGUAUAACAGCAUCCAGUUCGAUACAGAAAGCCAGGUGUUCUCAACGUUGUACUACAGUUUACAGGUGAUCGUAUAAGACUUUGGUUCAAAAUUUGUCUUAUUUUCAAUUUUCUCAUGAUAUAAAGAAAAAACUUUGGUAUGUUGUUAAAAAUAUGAAACGAGACGUCUUAUAAGCCCAUACAAAGUUCUUAACAUGAUAUACACAAUUUUCACACUCUA